CUCGCCGCGGUCUCCUGGUGGCGGCGGCUUUGUCUCGUGGGCUGGUCCCUGACGGCUCCCUCCCCCGAACAGCUGCCACCCUAGGGAGGAAGCGGUGCGGGAGCUGUCCAGCACCCUGGUGCUGAAACCCUGAGCGCUAGUCAUCCACCAGCACCAUGUAAGGGCCAUGAAAAGGGCUUGUCCUGGCGCAGCGCGGACAUGGAGGAGGACUUAUUCCAGCUAAGGCAGCUGCCGGUGGUGAAGUUCCGGCGCACAGGCGAGAGUGCACGGUCGGAGGAUGACGCGGCUUCUGGAGAGCAUGAGGUGCAGAUUGAAGGGGUCCGCGCUGGCCUAGAAGCUGUCGAACUGGAUGAUGGGGCGGCUGUGCCCAAGGAGUUUGCCAAUCCCACUGACGAUACUUUCAUGGUGGAAGAUGCGGUGGAAGCCAUUGGGUUCGGCAAGUUUCAGUGGAAGCUGUCUGUUCUCACCGGUCUGGCAUGGAUGGCCGACGCAAUGGAAAUGAUGAUCCUGAGCAUCCUCGCGCCUCAGCUGCACUGCGAGUGGCGGCUGCCCAGCUGGCAGGUGGCACUGCUGACCUCGGUGGUCUUCGUCGGCAUGAUGUCCAGCUCCACCCUCUGGGGGAACAUCUCGGAUCAGUAUGGCCGGAAAACAGGGCUGAAGAUCAGCGUGCUCUGGACCCUCUACUAUGGCGUUCUCAGUGCUUUUGCGCCCGUGUACAGCUGGAUCCUGGUGCUCCGGGGCCUGGUGGGCUUCGGGAUCGGAGGGGUCCCUCAGUCGGUGACACUGUAUGCUGAGUUCCUCCCCAUGAAAGCCAGAGCAAAGUGCAUUUUGCUAAUUGAGGUGUUCUGGGCCAUUGGGACGGUGUUCGAGGUCAUCCUGGCGGUGUUUGUGAUGCCCAGCCUGGGCUGGCGCUGGCUGCUCCUCCUCUCGGCUGUCCCGCUCCUCCUCUUUGCCAUCCUGUGUUUUUGGCUGCCAGAGAGUGCCAGGUACGACGUGCUGUCUGGGAACCAGGAAAAGGCCAUCGCCACCUUAAAGAGGAUAGCGACAGAAAAUGGCGCCCCCAUGCCGCUGGGGAAGCUCAUCAUCUCCAGACAGGAAGACCGAGGCAGAAUGAGGGACCUUUUCUCACCCCACUUCAGAUGGACUACCUUGUUGCUGUGGUUUAUAUGGUUCUCCAAUGCAUUUUCCUACUAUGGACUCGUUCUGCUCACCACGGAGCUCUUUCAGGCCGGAGAUGUGUGCAGCAUCUCCAGCCGGAAGAAGGCAGUGGAGGCAAAAUGCAGCCUGGCCUGUGAGUACCUGAGUGAGGAGGACUACAUGGACCUACUAUGGACGACCCUCUCAGAGUUCCCAGGUGUCCUUGUGACUCUGUGGAUCAUUGAUCGCCUGGGCCGCAAGAAGACCAUGGCCGUCUGCUUCAUCGUGUUCUCCCUGUGCAGCCUCCUGCUGUUUGUCUGUGUCGGAAGAAAUAUGCUUACUCUAUUACUCUUCAUUGCAAGAGCAUUUAUUUCUGGAGGCUUCCAGGCGGCUUAUGUUUACACACCUGAGGUCUACCCCACGGCGACGCGAGCCCUGGGCCUGGGCACCUGCAGUGGUAUGGCCAGAGUGGGUGCGCUCAUCACUCCGUUCAUUGCUCAGGUGAUGCUGGAAUCCUCUGUGUACCUGUCGCUGGCGGUUUACAGUGGCUGCUGCCUCCUGGCGGCUGUGGCCUCCUGCUUUUUGCCCAUAGAGACCAAAGGCCGCGGACUGCAGGAGUCCAGCCACCGGGAGUGGGGCCAGGAGAUGGUCGGCCGAGGGACGCACGGCCCCGGCGUCACCAGGUCGAACUCGGGCUCUCAAGAGUAGUGACCGGUGAGGGCAGAGCUGGCCUUUGAGGCUGUAGAGUGCGGGGAGCCGGGCACUGACGUCACUGCCGACACCCAGGACUCACCCACGGGUGCACCUGGAUCCACAGGGUUUUGUGUCGUGACUCUGUUCGCUCAUAUUCAUAGAGAUCCGCCCGGAGAUGGGGAGGUGUUUGCUCCGGGGGGUUCUUUCUAUGUGGGGGGAGGUUUGUUCAUAACCUGGGGUUCUGCAUGGGAAAACUGCCACAUUGGGAGUGUCUGGUGACUGGUUGCCAAUCGGAUGCCACCCAGAGUUAGCCGGCCACACCCUCCGUGACGGCCACCCAAAGAUCUAUGUAGGUUCUGUCCAGACCCAGAACCCCACCCUGUGCCGGACCUCUUCAGAAGGUGCCUCCCAUGGCUCCAGCCCAGACCUUGAACUCCAGGUGGCCUGAGCAGCUUUUCCUUGGGUCCACGAGAUGUCUAGAAGUGGCCCCUCGGUUGCCCGCCCCCAGGACCUAUCUGGUAGAGACCGGCAGGUGGACAUAUCUUUGAACUGGAGCCACAUGUCCCCAGCCUCCGACAGGGUUGCCAUCCCUAGGUGCAGAGGAUCCAGCUGUGUUGGGGGCACGAGGGGUGCUGGGCUUGCACCAGAGGACAACUUCAGGAGGCUGUCACCCCUGGGAACUGGGGCAGAGGCAGAAGGGAGGCGAGAACAAUCUCAGUGCCACAGCGGGGUCUCCCCUGGGACUUCUUUUCUGGCCCCUCCCAGGUCAGGCUGCCGGGUGACUCUCUGGGAAAGAACACAGUUAACUCAGGUUUUCCGUUCAGUGCUUGGUGGGCUUUGGGUUUGCACGUGGGCAGGUGGCUAAUGGCGCAGGGAAACCAAGAGGAUGUGAUGCAAACCACCUGCUCCUGCAGGGUGAGGGGGGCGGGGACCCUGGCUCCCCGAUUUCUCUGUCACCCCUGUGGGCAGAGUCCUUACACAGGGACGGCUGGGUCUUUACACAGGAGCAGCUUCAGGGGCUUCCAGCCAGGGGCCCGUGGCGGGAGCGCCGUGGGGUGGGCACGGGAGGGCCCAGGUGUGUGACAUGUGUCCAUUUUCAAAGGAAAAGAAAGAAGGUCAGUGGGUUUGGGGUUGGCCUCUGGAAGAAGGGCUGGCGCUACGUCCUCGCAGGCGACGUCCUCCUCAGGACUCGGUUUACACGACGCCUCUUCCCCAUCAUGAAGGCAGAAGCCGCCAGAUCCCUUCAAAGGCCGAGAAGACUGACCCUCUGCUUGAAGUAAACUUUGCCAGGAAGCCAAAUGUGUAUGUUCAUCUCUUAUUAAACAUGUUGGUGAUGGACAUUG